CCAGCUUCUGGAGACUUCUUGAGCCUUAGCUCUUAGGAAGCAGAGGAGGAAAUACUCUUUUUCUCUUUUAUUUUCUCCUCUCUUCAAUCUUUACCCCUACGAAAUAAACUACGGCUAAGGUUCCGUGUUCUUCCUUCAAUAAAGAUGUAAUCUUUUUCUGUGUUUGAUAUAGCAUUUAUAUAUAUACAUAUAUAUAUAUAGAUGGGCUUCUGUUUGAUCUCUGUUUUAGGUUCUGGGUUAGUUUAAUUUGUCGACAAGAAAAAAUCUUUGUGGUUUUUGGUUUUGGUGUGGGUUUUGAUUAUUUGAGGAGAAGAAAUGGCUAAUGGAAAAGAUGAAAGCAAAAGCAAAGACUUCUAUCAAGUACUUGGGUUGAAUAAGGAAUGCACAGCAACAGAGCUGAAGAAUGCUUAUAGGAAACUUGCACUGAGAUGGCACCCAGAUCGCUGUUCAGCUUCCGGAAAUUCAAAGUUUGUAGAAGAAGCAAAACAAAAUUUUCAGGCAAUACAACAGGCCUACUCCGUUCUAUCUGACGCCAACAAGAGGUUUCUGUACGAUGUAGGUGCUUAUGACAGUGAUGACGACGAAAAUGGCAUGGGUGAUUUUCUGAAUGAAAUGGCAGUUAUGAUGAGCCAAACAAAGCCUAAUGAAAAUGGAGAGGAGAGUUUUGAGGAUUUACAAGUGUUAUUUGAAGAAAUGUUUCAAGAGGACAUUGAGUCAUUUGGGGUUGGCUAUGAAGCUGCUGCUGCUGCUAAUAACUCUUCUCCUUAUAUGUCAAAAUUUAGUGAAAGUUCCAGCUCAAAUCACAAUCGAAAUUCCUCUAAGAUGAAGAAUUUAGUUGAGUCUAAAGCAGAGGACUCUCUUGGCUUUGGUUCUCACUUUCAGAAAUUUUGCGUCGGGACAGGCGGAACACCAAAAAAAUUUCAAGAAGCGGAAGGGAGCAAGAGGAGAAAUUCAAGGAGAAGCCGGCGGUAGGAGAUGGAGGAAUAGUGGCAGGAAACAAAAAGUUCCUGACCAUAGUAUUUCUGCUUCAUGAUUAAUGAUGCACUAUUAACUCUGCAAGUGUACCUAAUUAAUGUACCAUAUUUUGCUUCGUGACGGAAACGGAGAUUAGAUUAGAUUAGAAAAGAAAAGGAAAAGCUCAUUGGCAAAAUGUUUGAUCAUCUCAAAAGGUUGAAGAAGGAAGCAAAAACAUAAUCAUCAAUUCCAUGGAAGCUGAAAACCAACCUCAAUCAGUCUUUAUCUAGGGUUUCUUAGAAACAGCAAAAUGCCAUUCAUUAACUGGUACCAUUUGUGCCUGUAGUUGUCUUCUUGCUCCUAACUCUUUAGCCUCUUUGAUGGUUCUUGUAUGUGAUUGAAGGGUAAUGAAAUAUUUCUUUUAGUCUUUCUAUUGCUGUUAA